GCCGCGAGUAGUUAAAGAGGUCUGCGAGGCUCCGCUGCACUUUAGGAAGCUCCGUGGUGCUGAAAGGACAGCUCCCCACCGCUGCAGGCAUGUUCACCCGGAUGCUCAAACUGAGGCUCCUCAACGCCGUGGCCCCUGCAUACUUUUUCACAGCGACAGUGGUCACCUUCAUCCUGCACUUUGGCUUCUUCAUGCCAACCAUCUUCCCCGGCGCCGACACGUCGCCAGGAGGGUCUGCAACUGUUCACACUUUCCUGUUCCUCUUCCUGAUGUUCAACGCCCUUGGGAAUUACACAAUGACUAUCCUCUACCCUUCUGCGAGCGCCACCGAGACGGCGGUCCCGGUGUGUUCCCCGCACUGCUCGGACAAAGUGGACGCGCACUACCUCCUGAAUGGCCGCCACUUCUGCAAACUGUGCAAGAAAGUUAUACUCAAACGUGAUCACCAUUGCUUCUUCACCGGGAAUUGCAUCGGGAACAAAAACAUGCGCUACUUCAUCAUGUUUUGCAUCUACACCUCGUGCACGUGUUUGUACUCGCUGGUUCUUGGUGUGGCCUUCCUCACAGUGGAGUACUCCAUCUCUUUUGAAAAUCCGCUGACCUUCUUGACCCUUCUGCCUCUCUCCACUGGCUACUUCUUCACGGGAACAAUCUCCGGCCUGCAGCUGUUCCUGGUGCUGAUGCUUUAUGUGUGGCUGGGCAUCGGGCUGGUGUGCGCGGGCUUUUGUUGCCAGCAGGUGCUGCUGGUGGCCCGGGGCCAAACCUGGUGUCAGAUGCAGAGGGGGGAGCUCGUGGACAACCGCAGCCCUUGGAGAAGCAACCUCACGGAUGUGUUUGGCUCCAACUGGGCGCUGGGCCUCAUUCUGCCGGUGCACACAGCCCAGAUGUGCUCUGAGGAGGCGCUCAAGCAAGACUGACCAGAAAUCUUAUUAUUCAUUUAUCAGCAGCUUCCAAUAGAUCACACAAAAAAAAAAAAAACAUGUUGGAAUAAAUGUAAGGCGAAUUGUAUACAUGCAAAAUUGAGUGGAACCUCUCCAGACUUUUGCAAAACCUGUAAAAUUGCACAAAAGCAGACUUUGAAAGGUUCUCUGGUGUCACAAAUUGACCCUGGAACAGAAUGUUUACUAUUUCCUAGAUCAAAAAUACUUUUCUUGCUGAACAAAUAGACUAGGAUUGUGCUUUUCUAAUAUCAUAACAAAAAGUAAUGUAGUAUUUACAAUAGAGAUUAAUUAUUAAUUAUCCAGCUAAGAUAAAUCAACACUACUCACAAUUUAAUUAGCUGUUUUAAUCCAUUCGUCAAAGCUAAGUGUUGUACUAUUGCUUUUUCUUUAAGUGACUGAGGAGCUUUAUUUAGACAAAAGUAAGCCUUUGCCACCAUCUUUUGGCAUGUAUAGGCAAUUAUGACUUUUUGGGGGGUGGGUAGGAUGUUAGUACACAAAAUAAAAUGUGCCAUUUAAGUUUGUCUAGACAUUUUCAUGCUAUUCAUUAGCCAUUAUGCUUACGGGUACAUGCUCUUCAUGUAAAUAACUGCUAGGUUAAUUAAUAGUGUUUAAUCUAUUGUACUGCCGAUAUUGUACUGAGCAGUCAAACAUUUGUCAUUGUCAGUAUUAGGUUUCAUUACCUAUUCUAUGUUUAUCAUCACAACUUUUAAUAAGCGAAACAAAUUUGCUGGUGUUUUUCCACUCAACUUCAGAGGUUCCAUUGUAUUUGCGUGUAUUUCUUGCCAUACAUUCCUUUAAGGAGAGGAGCCAUACACAGUGAGCAUAAAAGUAUCCAUUUGUCUUUUAAGGUGCGUUUUAGAAGGCAAUAUUUAAAUUAUUAAGGACCACAAACAUUCCUUGCUUUGCAUUUCUCUUUCUCUCUUGAAUGCUCCUCCACGCACAGAGCAAAGCACAUUCAGGAAAUGUAUUUUUACAGUUCUUACAUUCGGUGUCAAGGGCUAGCAGGCAAGAGUGAUCCUCAAACAUCCACGCAACAUUGUUGUCUGCUCUUGAGAAUGUGGCAGCCUGGUUGAUGAUGGGCUGGCUACACAGUGAUAUUAUCCAGGGUAUUAAUCACAAUGUGCCAUAAUAUCAUGUCAUACUUAUGUGCUUCAUACACAAUGGCUCCACAGAUGAAGCAAUUGCUGUACAUUGCUAAUACUAAGGACUUUCCAUUGGUAUAAAGCAGCUACUGUUUGACGGUUUAAGAUUUCAUCAAAUACUUUUAAGUCUUACAAAGGUUUUUGUGUGUGGUUGGUAAAUAUGUAAAUCCCAAGUGCUUAUAAUAUUGUCUUCAAUUUAACAGCACUCAGGAGAUACACCAUGUAAGGUUACAUCUUGAAUUUAAAUGAGUCGCAGAUGAAUCAAAAUGGACAGAGAAUAAAUGACUUUUCAAACCAAGUUUUAUGACCAAUGGUCAAGGUGACUUUCGAACAAGAGGCACGCUUCACAAAAAGAAAGGUACAAUUUGUUUCUAUUAAAAACAGGACAGACACCAUCUUAAUACGACUGACUGUCUAAAUAAACAAAAUACUGUAUAAUAUUACAACUUGCCAUUAAAACUCACCCAUGUACCGUA